AAGCCGCGCCGCGCCGUGACUUUAAAUUUACACGCCGGAAGUGGACGGCCGGGCGGCCCGGCUUGGGGCAGUGCGCCAGGGCUGGGGCUGCGGUAAGUUCCCGGGCCAGCCAGGCUGAGGGUUUGAGAGGACUCGGAGAGGAGCUUAAGGGGCAGCUCAGGGCCCCAGGGGAAGCGAAACCUAGCUACACCUGGUCAGGAACCGGCGUUCUGUGAAGAUGGCGGGGCCUGAGCUGCUGCUUGACUCCAACAUCCGCCUCUGGGUGGUCCUGCCCAUUGUUAUCAUCACCUUCUUCGUCGGCAUGAUCCGCCACUACGUGUCCAUCCUGCUGCAGAGCGACAAGAAACUCACCCAGGAACAAGUCUCCGACAGUCAAGUCCUAAUUCGAAGCAGAGUCCUCAGGGAAAAUGGAAAAUACAUUCCCAAACAGUCUUUCCUGACACGAAAAUAUUACUUCAACAACCCAGAGGAUGGAUUUUUCAAAAAGACUAAAAGGAAGGUAGUGCCUCCUUCUCCUAUGACUGAUCCCACUAUGCUCACCGACAUGAUGAAGGGCAAUGUAACAAAUGUUCUUCCUAUGAUUCUUAUUGGUGGAUGGAUCAACAUGACAUUUUCAGGCUUUGUCACAACCAAGGUCCCAUUUCCACUGACCCUCCGUUUUAAGCCUAUGCUACAGCAAGGAAUCGAACUACUCACACUGGAUGCGUCCUGGGUGAGUUCUGCAUCCUGGUACUUCCUCAAUGUAUUUGGGCUUCGGAGCAUUUACUCUCUGAUUUUGGGCCAAGAUAAUGCCGCUGACCAAUCACGGAUGAUGCAGGAGCAGAUGACUGGAGCAGCCAUGGCCAUGCCUGCAGACACCAACAAAGCUUUCAAGACAGAGUGGGAAGCCUUGGAGCUGACAGAUCACCAGUGGGCCCUAGAUGAUGUUGAAGAGGAACUCAUGGCCAAAGACCUCCACUUUGAAGGCAUGUUCAAAAAGGAAUUACAGACCUCUAUAUUCUGAAGACCAAGCAGGAAUUAGCAGUGUCAGGAACUCGGGGUAGUGCUUAACCUUGUAACUUUCAUUUGAGCCGGAGCCUCUUGGAAUAAAAAGGAGGAUGCAUGAGCUGGCGGGUGUGCAGCAAGGAUCAUUCUUGUCUGAGCCAGUUCCCCUUUAUGUUUGAAACUAGAGGAAUAUGUGCUGGGUGACUUACCCGGAAAGAGCUAUUUUUAAAAUGUUCUAAAUUUUCCAUCUGGUGACUCUAGUAAUGAAAUUCAGAGAAAGGGGGAAAACUCAAGCUAGUGAUAAUAUAUAAAACUUAGCAAAAAUACAGUCUUUGGAAAAGGUGUUGUCAGUUAUACCUAAUUAUUAUGUGUAGUCAGCCUGACUUCUAACCACAGUAGACUCCUGUUUU